AACAGUACUAAAGGAGUCGCUUAUCCAGAACCAAAAACCCAACCCAAAUGCGAGCAAAAAUGGCGCUCCAGUACCUUAGCUUCUCUCCAUCUCUCUCCUCUGUUUCUUCUUCUUCUUCAUCGUCCCUUCUUCCAAUGGCCACCCCAAUCUCUAGGCUGCAAAGGAAGGGCCUUGAUUUGCAACAGAAACGUUUUGGCGGAGUUCGAAUCUGCAUGGAUUUUCGUAGCCAGGAAAGAGGGUCUGUGGUUGUUAAAGCUGCUUCAGAGAUAGAUGGAGUUGCUUCAGGUAGUAGUGAACCAGAAGCAGAAACCAAGGAAGAAGUUGUACCAAAGGAGGAGGGUGCAUCUGUUGAAAAUCUUCCCUUAGAAUCAAAGCUGCAGCUGAAGCUUGAGGCGAAGUUGAGGAUGAAGUUAGCAAAGAAGAUACGGCUUAAGAGGAAACGACUAGUCCAAAAACGUCAUUUGAGGAAGAAGGGUCGAUGGCCACCUUCUAAGAUGAAGAAGAACCAAAACAUCUGAAGAGGUGGAAACUAAAGGUUUAGGUGCGAGUCUGUUCAUGCUGUUGCCAUUUUAAUUUAGAAUUUUGCUGCCUGAAUAUCUGUUCUAUUCGAGUAUAUACAAUGGUUUGUUAACUCAAAUUAUGUGUUGUAUAUGAAGUCAUCUUGUUGAAACUUAAUGAUUUACUCGAUUACAGAUCUCAAUUUUGGAGCGUUUUAUUUC